GAAGUUCCGGUUUUCGUACGCUCGCUAGCUUACCGUAUCCUGUGUUAGCGCGGUGCUAGUGCUGCUAACGUGAGGGAUAGAAGGAGAUAGUUGACGCAUUAAAGGGAGUUCGCCCCAGGUUAAACAGCCAGAACACAGGUGGAAAGGUAGAUAUUCUCGCCGAGUACCUGGAUACGCUUGUCAUUUCUCCCAUAACAGCCUGUUGUCCUCAAACUUGUGGCGUGGGAGAAAAACAACAACCAGAGUUCACACUGAAUGGCCGAGGGUAACGCAGACCCACCUGACCUCAAUCCAGAUGGGGCGUCACACCAAAAAUCAUAUCAGCACAAACCUAGAAGAGGCCGGCCCAGACACAACAAUGACAGAAACCUGAGUAGCAACAGUUAUGAUCCUUCUCAGCAAUAUGGACACUUUCAUCAGGGAUUCAAACCCCCAUUCAGCCACGAUAAUUCAAAUGAUGCAUUGCGUCAACAUCCUCCCUACCAGGAAGAGGAUGGAGCCAGAAGGCGAGGGAGAGGUAGAGGGAGGAGAGAAGGGAACGGGGAUUUUGGUGGCUCCAGCUCCUGGCGGCAAAGACCUGGAGGGGACUUUGGUAACAACAGAGGUGCCAGUUCCUAUCGUUCAGGGGCACAUCUCAUGGAUGGACCUGAUGGACCCAACUGGAGAAGAGAAGAUUCAGGCAGGAAUUUGGAACAAAGCAGUGAAGACCAGGAUGCCCGUGCUAAAAAACCCCGGCGGUUUAGCCAGGAGCAGAGAAGAGGACAUCAAAAUGAAAGGGGUAAUCACUCUAAGGAGAACAACCCAACAGCAGGAGGUCAGAGGGCAAAUGACACUAAAGUAGAAACCCAACCUUCAGACAUCAGUGACAGAACUCAGAGGAGCAGGAUGGCUCUGGACUUUCAACAUGAUGAACAUCAGAGGAAACACACUGAGACAAAGCGACGGAUGGGACCAAUCAAACCACCCAAACCACCAACUCAAGAUGAAACUGGCUCAGAGAGGAGGUCGAAUGUCCAAGAUGACCCUGGUCACUACAGAUCAUCUCAGGAUCUUGCUGCCAGUAAAGCUGGUCGUGGCUCAGGACGAAGCACACCCCUCCAGGCCAGAGGGGGGAGAAGAACAUAUCACCAGAACCACCGGCCGGCCCAGAGGAACUGGAACAAGAUACCAGAGAGCAAGGAGACACAGACAGGAUGUCUGAUUGAACAGCUGUCUGAGGAGAAGUACGAGUGCAUGGUUUGCUGCGACGUCAUCCGGCUCAUGGCCCCAGUGUGGAGCUGCCAGAGCUGCUACCACGUCUUCCACCUGAACUGCAUCAAGAAAUGGGCCCAAUCCCCGGCCUCUCAGGCAGACGAAUCAGCUGAAGGUUGGCGUUGUCCCGCCUGCCAGAAUGUUGCACUAAAACAGCCGACUUCCUACUCCUGCUUCUGUGGUAAAGUGACAAACCCAGAGUGGCAGCGCAGUGAGAUUCCCCACAGCUGUGGUAACAUGUGUGGGAAGAAAAGGAGUGGAGUGGACUGCAACCACCCCUGUAACAUCUUGUGUCAUCCUGGACCUUGUCCUCAAUGUCCUGCCCUUGUAACAAAAUCCUGUAUCUGUGGGAAGACCAGUCAACCAAUGCGCUGUGGUCAGGGAACAGUGCUGCAAUGUGACAAGGUGUGUGGUGCCAUACUCAACUGUGCUGACCACACCUGCGCCCAGGUGUGCCACAGUGGCGCUUGUCAACCCUGCCAGCUGCAAGUUCAGCAGGUGUGCUACUGUGGCGUUACAACUCGUCAAGUCCUGUGCGGCACAGAUAAGGAAGGAUUUGAUGGUUCGGGACACUUCUCCUGCGAAAAAACAUGUGGAAUGAUGUUAAACUGUGAAGCUCACCGGUGCCAGCAGGUGUGCCAUCGUGGCCGGUGCCAGCCAUGCCCUCGCUCCCCAAGCCUGGUGAAGACGUGUCCCUGCGGUCAGACGCCGCUGACCAAACUCUUGGAACUGGGCUAUUCUGAAAGACGGAGCUGCUCCGAUCCCAUCCCGUCCUGUGGGAAGACAUGCAACAAACCUCUGGCCUGUGGAUCCAGCGACACCAUCCAUCUGUGUGAGAAGCUGUGCCAUGAGGGCAGCUGCGGGCCCUGCUCCCUGACCUCCACUAUCAGAUGCAGAUGUGGCUUCAAGACAAAGGAGGUCCCAUGUGCCACAAUCCAGAAAGAGGAGGAGCUCGUGUUCACUUGUGAGAAGCGCUGCAACAAGAAACGCUCCUGCGGCAGACACAAGUGUGGCGAGCUGUGUUGUGUGAACGUGGAGCACAAGUGCCUCCUCAUCUGCGGCUACAAGCUCAACUGUGGACUCCACCGCUGCCAGGAGACUUGUCACCGUGGAAACUGUGAUCCCUGCUGGCAGUCCAGUUUCGAUGAGCUGACAUGUCACUGUGGACUCACCGUCUUGUACCCGCCCAUCGCCUGCGGCACAAAGCCACCAGAGUGCAAAAACAUGUGUACAAGAAGACACGAGUGUGACCACCCAGUGUUUCACAACUGCCAUAGUGAAGAGAAGUGUCCACCCUGCACCUACCUCACUCAGAAAUGGUGCAUGGGAAAGCAUGAGCAACGCAGCAACAUCCCGUGUCACCUACAGGACAUUUCCUGUGGCCUGACAUGUAACAAAACACUGCCAUGUGAAAACCACCGCUGCAGACGGAUCUGCCACCGGGGCGAGUGUUUGGCAGACGGCAGCUGCCAGCAGCCCUGCGUGCUGCCUCGUCCAGACUGCGGCCACCCGUGCUCCGCUCCCUGUCAUCCAGGCAGCAGCUGCCCGCGCACCACCUGCACCACAAAGGUUUCUGUACAGUGUGAUUGUGGUCGAAGAAAGGAAAGGGUUGUCUGCACAGAGGCAACCAGCUCAUAUCAGAGGUACGCUGCCAUCGCCAUGGCCAGCAAACUGUCUGACAUGCAGCUCGGAGACUCCAUGGACAUCGGCCCGCUGCUCACUAAAAAGGAGGCGAAGCAGACUAGGCUUGAAUGUGACCAAGAGUGUGCGACUCUGGAGAGAAACAGGCGUUUGGCGGACGCUUUGCAGAUAGACACAUCUGCUGACCCCUUCAACAUCCGCUCCACCUCUGUUUACAGUGACAGCCUCAAAGACGAUGCCAGAAAGGACCUGAAAUUUGUGACAGAGGUGGAAGAAGAGAUCAGGAACCUUGUCGAGCUUGCUAAUAAGGGAAAACAGCCAAAGAGGAGCCACUGUUUCCCGCCCAUGAACAGAGAACACCGGAAAAUCAUCCACGAACUGGCCGAGGUCUACGCCGUGGAGAGCGUGAGCUACGACAGCGAGCCCAAACGCAACGUGGUCAUCACAGCCCAGAAGGGGAAGUCGGCCUGUCCCAGCUCAACCCUGACAUCGCUGAUCGAGCGCGAGACGACUGCGAGGGCGCCUCCUCCCAUCGCUCACAUCAAGCAGCACAGCAGCAAGGCUGCCAGUGGAAGCACCUGGUCGAAGAUGGUCAAAGAAGAGCCCGUGAUCGACUACUUUGAUGUCCAGGACUAAAAAAAGACAACCCCUCAGGAUCUACUCAUAGAACACCAGUCUACAUCUGCCAAAGACACCUGAUAACCCUUCUCGUUUAUGUUCAUCGAAUCAAUAACAAUUCCUCUGGCUCCUAAUCAAAUAAAAUGUAUGUCUGGAAAUGUCUCAAAGACGUGACUGCCUCCUGGGAACACCCACACUUGGUAUAUUCAGGAGGAGGAUUUGAAUGCGUGUCGAGUCAAGCGUUCUCCUUAAAUUAAAAUAUUAAACUCAAUCGAGCAAAAUCAUUUAGAAAAAAAACCUCCUGAUUGUUUUCUUUGCCUCAUUUGAACCCAACUUCCCUGGAAAAGCUCCUAUCUCAACAGUAGAUGCUUCUUUUAGAUUGAGCUCUCGCCGUGCCAGAAAUUGUUUUUUUUUUUUUUUAGCCAUGGGAUAUCUUUUGUUCUAUCUGCUGGUGUUGAGCCAAAGGGUUCAGCAGUAAACCUCUGCUGAUUGAGUUGGUGGGUGGGUAGGAGUGGGCUGCACUGCGGAAAGAAAAGCUUUGUUUGAAACACGGCGUUGACCCAGAUGUUGUGAAAGCUCUGCUCUUGGUACAGGAGUUUUUUGAGGUCAGUUUCAGAACUCGCGUCUAUGUUCGGGGACACGGAAGAUAUCAUUGGACCGUUUUUAAAAAGUUUAUAUUCGGAUGUACCUUCAUUACGCUCUGUCUCGACACUUCCUGUUUGCAGUUUGUAGUCGCAUACAUUGAGAGCGCUCCUUACACAUCCAUUUUAAUAAACCGUUGGCAGCGGUCCACUACACACAUACA